GUGUGUGUGUGUGUGUGUGUGUGUGUAUGUGUGUGGAUGACAAGAGUGACAUACAUGUGUGAAUAUUUUUUUUCUCGUAAAAAAUUGAGCCUUGCUCACUACACAUGUUAUAAAUGGCGGUAAUAUUCAAGAAAACUUGUUGUCUUCAAAUAAAAAAAAAAAUACUUUCGCCAUACGUGGAACAAAUUUAAAUUCAAACUUUCAUGUUACUAUGACAAUAAGAAUCAACGAUGUAAACGAUAUAAAUAAUUUAUAAUUGUUAUGGUAACAUGAUUAACAAUCUUCUAAUAUCUUAGAAUUUUUUUCAUUAAAUUUUACUUCCAAGAAAAAUUAAUCUUCCGUCUUAUACAAUUUUUUUCUUACUGCAUAAUGUCUAAAUCGGUAUCAAUAUACGAAAAACCAACUUCACAUCUUGGUUUACCUGAUUGGUAUGCAAAACAAUGGGAACUGGUACAAUUAACUGAUAGAAAUAUCAACUCUGGGUUUGAGAUUCGAAAUAGUGCAAGAGCAUUACGAAAUGAGUCCAACAUUAAAAAUGUAUGGAAUACACAUAUAAAUGACAUUAGACUUGAAAACAGAGUGAUAGAACUUACAAAGUGGCAGGAAAUUUUGACGAAAUUAUUAAAUUUAUUGAUAAUUGAAAAAAAAACUCUAAAUGAAAAAAAAAUUGAUGCUGAACGAUAUCUAGAAAGUCUACAACAUCCUUUGGAAAUAGUGAACCAAUGUAUUUCAAUAAGGGAUUGUCGUCGAGGCACAGAAUUAACAUAUGAUGAACCUGAUAUUGAACUUAAAAAAGAGCUCAAAUUACUAGAAUCACAGAAAAUGCUAUUAACAGAAAAAGUUCAAGCAGCUUGGGAAAAAUUAAAUGAAUUAGAUAAAAUUGAAUACAAAUUACGUUUAGAUAUUGAGAAUAAAAAUGAAACACUUGAAAUUGAUAGCAAUAACGCCAAUCUCAACCAGAAUUCAUCCGACAUUAGCUACAAACCCAACGCUUUAAAAAGUUCUAAAAACUCAAAAACUUAUGAAACUUGGCUCGAAUUGUGUCGAGAUAUGAAAUCUUUAGGGGAAGAUGCUAUAAAAGAUACAUAUUCAUUUUGUGAAAUACUUAAUACAACUUGUAAAACAGCACAAAAUAAUAUUGAAGCGCAACAAGAUAUUACCGAUUAUGUCAUGAGGAAAAGAAUAUAUCAAACUCAAAGAUCAAAAAAUGAAAUGGAGUGGCAAAAAAAUAAAACGGAAAAAGAGAUGGAAUUAGUGGAGAAAGAAAUACGUCGACUUGAAGAUACUCUACGAUCAAAAACAAAUAUUCUUAAAUGUGCUGAAACGCGUUUGGAAAGUCGUACCUAUCGUCCUAGUUAUGAGCUAUGUCGAGACGAAUCAGAAAAUGGGCUUAAAGAUGAAGUUUUACAGAUUGAACAAACUAAAAGAGAAUUAACCAAUAAAAUUAAUUGUGCAAAGGCUACAUUUAAUAGAUUAGAAUCAUUAUUGAUUCAACUUAAUCGCAAUUUAGAUGACAAACAGCAUUCAUUGAUGACAGAUAUUAUGUGUUUAGAUUCAAGAUCAACUUUAAAAAUUGGUAAUCGUACUCAGCAAUCUAAUGAAACAAAUCGUAAUAUCCAAUUAACUAAAUUGAAUGAUGAAAUACCUUUAGAGUCAUAGAAGUGAUUAAUUUGAUUAACUUUAAUUAAAGUUAUG